CUUAUUAAAUUAGUUUUCCUCACAGAAUUCACUUAUUAUUUACCCCCUCGAAAAAUAUCGGUCUAGAGUAUCACGCAAAAUUUACAGUGUUUUAUCUGACGGAUAUAAUUCUUGAAGCAAAUUAGCCUGUUUAAUUACACAACACCACCCAUAACAUAAGACUGAUAACUUAAAUGUUCAUACCAGAGCUAACCUCAUAAUUAUUAAUUAUGUUAUCAUCCACAAGGUGUUCAAGAAAAGCAUGUUGUGGAUAGCCGCUGAUGCUGCCUGAUGAUCUAAGACAAUGCUGGACUCUGAUGACUGCACUCUGUCCUUGGAGAGCCUGUUCUAUGAAAGACCCGUUGUUCUUCAAGUGAAACCUCUAUGUCAGGAGCAAAUCACUUGGCAAUCGGAACCACCUCUGUUGUCUUCCGAAACUCAGCACUUAAAGGGAACUGCAGAAUCUCUUUGUUCUGGGGUCAAGCUCCCUAUGACAGAUUAUCUGGGAUGCUUGGCAGGCUCUUAUCAGAAGUCAAAGAAAUUCCUGCCUCCUUUGAAAAAAGCUGGUGGGGAUAGAUGUUUUUCCUCACAAAAAGGGCAGUUUCUGAAUCUCGGAGCACCAGUUGAAUUACCUGAACAAGAUGGGUCCCAUGUUUUGAUGGCUGACAGGUGCACAGAAUCUCAGAGUCUCCUGGUCAGCGCUAACACAUCACAAUUCUCAGAAUAUCUGCUGGAAAAGCAAACUUUCUCUUCUUUGUUUAGCCAAAACAAUAGGGAUGUCUCUCAGGUCGGGAGAAGACCAUUCAAACCUCCACCUAAGGUGGCUGCUGAUCCCGGUGGUCAUUUGAACAGUGCGCCAUGCCCGAAACAGGCAGACACCAAUGAUACUACCGCUGGCCAAGUUUCUAAGGUGGCAGAAAAUCCAUUCAUGACUCCAACUGCUACUUUCUCCAUGGCUCCUUUCACAAGUUCAUAUGUGCCCGGCACAGAUGGCCCACCUUCGUUAGAGUGUGAUCGAACCAUACAAAAAGUUCAUAUCCUUCCAUUUAAUCCCCAGUCGCUCAAUAUACAAGGUCAAGGUGGAUCGGGGCCGGGAGUCCUCCGCUCCGUCACCGAAAUCUCUGCACAGUUCAGAUCUGUCUUCAAAGAGUUCCCUUACUUUAAUUAUGUGCAGUCGAAAGCCCUGGAUGAUAUCCUUUACACCAGUAAAAAUUUUGUGGCCUGUGCCCCAACUGGCUCUGGAAAAACAGUGCUCUUUGAAUUGGCAAUUAUUCGAUUGCUGAUGGAGGUCCCCGCUCCCUGGCACUCUGUUAAAGUUGUGUACAUGGCACCAAUUAAAGCCCUGUGCAGCCAGUGUUACGAAAAUUGGAGGCAGAAAUUCGGGCCUCUUGGGCUCAACUGCAAAGAACUGACUGGUGACACCGAAAUUGAUGACUUCUUUGAGGUUCAGGACGCCCACAUCAUCAUGACCACACCGGAAAAGUGGGACAGUAUGACAAGGAAGUGGAGGCUUAGCAGCCCAGUGCAGCUGGUCAAGUUGUUUCUCAUAGAUGAGAUCCAUGUGGUGAAAGACUCAACCCGCGGAGCAACCUUGGAGGUCGUUGUCAGCCGAAUGAAAACAAUGAAUGCCUAUCGCAAUGGAGGCGACCACCAGUCACGUCUUCCCAUGAGAUUCGUGGCUGUGUCUGCGACCAUUCCGAACAUUGCCGACGUCGCCGAAUGGCUCUCGGACUCCUUGGGUCCAGCCGCCUGCCUGCAGCUAGAUGAGAGCUACAGGCCGGUGAAGCUCAGGAAGCUGGUGCUUGGCUUCCCUUGUGGCACCAAUCAGACGGACUUCAAGUUCGACCUGUCCCUCAACUACAAGAUGACGAAUAUCAUCCAGACAUACUCGGACCAGAAGCCCACGCUUGUGUUCUGCUCCACAAGGAAAGGUGUGCAGCAGUGUGCAUCGGUGCUGGCAAAAGAAGCCCGCUUUAUCAUGAGCGCGGAACAGAAACAGAGGCUGAUGAAAUAUGCAAACUCCCUUCUUGAUUCCAAACUCAAAGAUCUAAUAACGCACGGCGUUGGUUUUCAUCAUGCCGGCAUAGACGUUUCUGACCGGAAGAUAAUCGAAGAUGUGUUCACUGCUGGAGACCUACCGGUACUCUUUACAACUAGUACUUUAGCAAUGGGAGUGAACCUACCUGCUCACCUGGUGGUGAUCAAGUCUACGAUGCACUACGUCGGUGGUUCCUGUGAGGAAUACAGCGAGAUGGACAUCCUGCAGAUGAUUGGGCGGGCCGGCCGACCCCAGUUUGACACGACCGCGACAGCAGUGAUCAUGACUAGGUCCCAGACAAAAGAAAAAUACCUGAAGCUAGUGAGUGGGUCCGAAACCAUUGAGAGCAGCUUACACAAACACCUCGUGGAACACCUGAAUGCAGAGAUAGUCCUUCACACCAUCUCUGACGUGAAUGUGGCUCUAGACUGGAUUCGUUCCACCUUUUUGUACAUUCGAGCACUGAAGAACCCCAGCUAUUACGGUUUCACGUCAAGCCUGGACAGAGUUGGAAUUGAAACAAGACUGCAAGAGCUCUGUCUUAAGAAUAUAAACUCACUGGCUGAAAUAUGCCUGAUCACUAUGGACGAGGACAUAAAUUUUAAACCCACUGAGGCAGGUAAGCUGAUGGCCAAGUACUGUAUAGCCUUUGACACCAUGAAGCAUUUCAGUUCGGUGUGCGGAACCGAAUCGCUGCCUGAGCUGAUCAAGGUCAUAUCCAAAGGCAAGGAGUUCAAUGAUGUGCAGCUCAGGAUGAAUGAAAAGCGAACUCUGAAUACUCUGAACAAGGAUAAACACAGGCUAACGAUCAGAUUUCCGAUGGAAGGAAAGAUAAAAAACAGGGAAAUGAAAGUCAACUGCCUGAUACAAGCUCACCUUGGCUGCAUCCCGACUCAGGAGUUUGGACUCACCCAGGAUACUGGAAAGAUAUUCCGAAUUGGAAUUCGCAUGACCAAAUGUUUGUCAGAGUACCUCAGCCAACAUCCCAGGAGGAAGUUCACGGCACUGCUCAACUCUCUAAUUUUGGCCAAGUGCUUCCGGGCCAGGCUGUGGGAGAAUUCGUCAUUCGUCUCGAAGCAGCUGGAGAAGAUAGGUUUAAUGCUGUCCACAGCGAUGGUGAAUGCUGGCCUGACUACUUUCCAGAAGAUCGAGGAGACUAACCCCAGAGAGCUGGAGCUGAUCGUCAACAGGCACCCUCCUUUUGGAAACCAGAUCAGGGAAGCAGUCAUCCAUCUUCCUAAGUACGAAGUUGUUUUGGAACAGAUUUCAAGGUACAGUUUUUCAACUGCGGAGAUCGUUGUGACUGUACACUUAAAAAACUACGAGCAGCUAAAGAAUAAGAGAACGGCACCAAACCAUCAUUUUGUCACCCUAAUUAUAGGGGACUGCGACAACAGUGUGGUGUUCAUUCAGAAAAUAACCGAUUUUCUAUUGCUGAAGACUGGGAGCUGGUCAAGGAAAAUUGAAGUCACAAGAGCACCCAAGGGAGAGGAACUCAGUGUGAAUCUGAUUAGCUCAGAGUUCGUUGGAUUUGACAUUCAGCAGAAGUACAGUGUUUUCUAUUCUGGAGCCAAAAGGUUCGGAGCUGAAAGUACUGGUUCAGAAAACAUGCAGGUCAAAACCAAGGCUGUACAGAGCAAACUGCAGGAAGCACUGAGCUCAGCCCAAGGGGCUCAGAAGACAGUCAGCCAAAAAACCAAAGAUAAAGGUUUAAAAGAGAAUGUCAACCCAGAUUCAGGAAGAAGACAGUGUAACCAUUUUUGUAAAAAUAAGGAGCAAUGUGGACAUGACUGUUGUAAAGUUGGUGUGGGGACGCUGCUGAAGAGGACCACAGACCGCAGGUCUGGCAUUUCUUCCUACCUCAACGAUCUCAGAAGCAGGAAUGAAACCCUGACAGAUACCCCAGUGAAACGUCUCAAGAUGAGGAUGUCUGAGGAGGCCGCUGCGGGCAUUCACCAUUUUGCAUACCGUCCCAAGGACACCCUCACUGCUGCAUCAAGGUACGAAAGAAACUAUUAUAAUCCUCAUGCACAAGCAGAAUUUGUGGAAUCCGUAGAGGACAUUGGAAGCUCCAUGGAGAUGUGGAAAGGAGCUGCUUAUUCUGACGACCACAGGACGUCUCUGGGCGGCACAUAUAUCUGGACAGAUGAAGCUGGGAAGAACCAGUCAGUCAGAAGCACUGCUAAGGAUGUUUCAGUGUGUGAGCAAUCUGACUCCGGCAGUGAGGAUUUGGCUCUUACCCAUCGAAGCCAAAUGCACUGUGGUUUCAACAUACCAGAAGCAGGUCCCACACACGACAGUGACCACUUCCCUUCUGAUAUCCUGGAUGUGAACUUUGACUUGGGAAUAGACGACUGGGGUGAUUUUGACGAUGAAAAUUUAGUGCAUGCCAGUGAGAUUUCAGAAUCGGCGACACAAGAGAAAGACCACGAAGGGCCAGGAGCAAGCUUCACUCCCUGCAACGAUCAACCGGAAUCCAUCUUACAGGAUGACAGAUUGCCUGGGAGAAGUUCAGCUGCAGCCAGCUGCCCCGUGCCAUCUGUGUGUGCGCCUCCUCUCUCUCCAUCUCCCAAACCAUGUGACUUCCCAGGCCUUGCUGAUGAACACACCAAAUCAUGCAAAGAAAUGCACGGGGAUAAUGUGUCUUUGCUGCCAAAACAUGGUGGAUUCAGCCUGACUACACCAUGUACAAAGUUUGACUUUUUUGCCAAGCCCAGUGUCCCAGAAGGAGCAACAGAAAAAACUGGCAGGCUUCAAGCAGAUGACUGCUCCUCUGAAAUGGAUGCAUUCAUUGGAAUAUUUGAUGGAAUAUUUUAGGGAUUUAAUUUGUUUUUUUAUGAAUAUGAUGUUUGUUUAAUAGACUUUUUCCUUUUGUUUUUUCAACAGAACUGUAUUUGGUUAAUGGUUUUUUUGCAAUAGUUUUUUGCAAUAGUUUUAUAUUGUGGUGUUGGUGCUGAAAUGGUUUUUAAAAAUGAAGUUGCUAGUGGCAGUCUGCAAAUAAAUUUAUGAAAAAAGGAAUGGAAACAGAUGAAUUUCUCGUGACUGUUCUGUAUGCAGAUGUCUUAUUUUUAUUUCAGUAAAAAUAAAAACGUUUUACUAGCACGACAUGUAUGGCUGAUGUUUCCAUCUUCCUUAGCAGCGCAGAUAGGCGAAAAAUUGUCUGGGAGCCACAUGAAUAUUCAUGAGAGAAGACUUAUGAAUAUUAAUUAGCGCGUGGAGGCCGUCCC